CAAAAGAUGGCCGAGUUUCUAGGUGAACAGAACACUCGACUGUGUGACAACUGCAAAAGAGAGAUCCCCGAGUUCAACUUCACCAUGCACGAGAUCCACUGCCAGAGAAACAUCAGCGUGUGUCACCUCUGCAAGGAGCCCUUGCCCAAGGCCGAGAUGGAGGCGCACCUCACAACUGAGCACUGUCAGGUGACCUGCAAAUGCAACAAGAAGUUGGAGAAGCGACAACUCCAGAGGCAUGAGGAAGCCGAGUGUCCCCUGCGACUUGCCCUCUGCCAGCACUGCGAUCUGGAACUCUCCAUGGCCAAGCUGAAGGAACAUGAAGAUUACUGUGGCGCCCGGACCGAGUUGUGUGGCAGCUGUGGGCACAACGUCCUGGUGAAGGAUCUGAAGACCCACCCCGGAGUCUGCGGGAAGGACCAGGAGGGACGGAAAGCUGGGACCGCCACGUCUCCUAACACCCACGACCAGUCCUGGGGUCAGGACCGAUUCUGGAUCGCCUCCCAGCUCCUCAGACACAUCGAAGCCCUGGACCCACCCACCAGGCUCACCCGGAGACCCCUGAGAGACUUUGAUUCGGACCUGUUCCACAAUCACAGUCGGAGCCCUGAGCAGAGGAACGUGGAGACCCAGUUCCCGAUUCACAACAACCUGCUGGAAGAACAAGAAAGACAGGAAAGGAACCGAAGCAGGCAGCCUUCUCGAGCAGUUGGUGAAGACAGUGCAAACCUGGACUACAUGCUGGCUCUCAGCCUGCAGAACGAAGGCCAGGCUACCAGUGUGGCCCAGCAGGACUUAUGGAAGGACAUGUGUGAGGCCAACCCCGGCCGGGAUGGUCUCAGUGCUCCUGAUGACAGUCCAGGUGCCGGCGAGACUUUGCUGCCCUGUGAGUUCUGUGAGGAGCUGUACCCGGAGGAGCUGCUCAUUGACCAUCAGACAAGCUGUAAUCCUUCGUGUGCCUUACCCCCGAUCCGCCCACAUAUUCCUUCUCCGAAAAGUGCGGAGGACCCAGAUGUCAUCUUCCAGAAGCUUUUGCAAGAGGCGGCAAGGAACCAGCUGGACUCUUUGAUGGGCUUGGACAGUUCAGGCCCAGCUGAGGAGAGUGUCAUUAUCCCAUGCGAAUUCUGUGGGGUGCAGCUGGAAGAGGAGGUGCUGUUCCAUCACCAGGACCAGUGUGACCAACGCCCAGUCACAGCAAACCACCCCGUGAUGGAGGGGAUUCCCAGGCAGGAUUCCCGGCCUGAAGUGACCUCACCGGAGCUGCCCAAGAGACGGAUCAGACACCAGGGAGACCUGUCUUUUGGUUACAUGGAUAAUAUCAAGCAGAUUAAAGGGGCUGCCUACCCUCUGCCCACCCUGAACAACGGGGUGCCUCCCUACAACCAGCUCUCAGCGCCUACACCUGGCUCCAGGCCCACGGGCCACCCCAGCCCGCCCCAAGUACUGAAGCUCAACAACCUGGACAGCCAAGAGCUCCGUGGGCGGAAUCGGAUCGGCCACAGUGGGGUGCCGGCCCCGGAACACAGCCCGGCUAUUCAUUCUGUUCAGAAUCUCUACCCUGAAAACCUGGCGCCCCCCUUCCCUCGUGGGCCUGUGGGGAGAUACGGAGCAAGUGGCAGAAAUAUCCCAGUCACCACAACCUCUGCCAGUCAUCGCAGCAGAGCUGCAAAGGUAAGAGGCUGCCUGCAGCCGGGAGCUGGAGGAGCUGAGGAAGAGGAGGAGGAGUAGCAUGUUUGCAGGGCUUGGCUGUGGUACAGGUGCUGCCCCUGGCCCUGGGGCGGCCACCAGGCCUUGGACUUUUUCUGGUUACAGCCACGUUGUCUCUGGCCUUAUGCUUUGGGAGUUGGGGACGUGUAGGGGGGUAAACAGGGAGGCCUCUGUUGCCACUUUAGUGGCUGCCUCUUGGCAAGAUAUACAAUCCAGUCUGUGGCCCACCAAGGCUUCUGUUUUGACAUUCUGUCACCACCUGUUUCUUGGUGCUGCCUAGUUCUGGUGGGAGAACCUUCUGGAAACCUGGUAACCACCAGUGAUUCUUACCUUCCCUGCAGGGAUGGAAACUUGGGGUUUGGGGUAGCUGGUUCUGGGUCUGGCCCCUCUCCCUUCUAGCUUUUGGGCCCCAGCUGAGUGGAGGGAAUCUGGGACGUGUUGAGGCCAAUUGCAAUGUUAGGGACAAGGUGUGGGGGCAGGGCCAGAGAAGUGAACUUGGGGACACUGUUUUCAUUUGGAAUUUGCCACCACUGCCUAAAUUUUUUUUUGUGUGUGUGGGAG